AUGCGGCUCCCGCCGGCCCCGAUCCCCUUGCUCUUCCCCAUGCUGCUGUUGCUGCUGCUGGCGGGAGAGCCCUGGGCACGCCGGGCGUCGAGCCGCGCCGCCGCCUCCUGCCCGCAGCAGCAGCAGCCGCCCCAGCAGCGACGCCUCAGCGGGCGAGAGCGGCGCGAGAUGCAGCGCGAGAUCCUGGCCCUGUUGGGCCUGCCGGGCAGACCCCGGCCCCGGACGCGACCCGCCCCGACGGGCACCAAAGCCGCCGCCCGGCAGCAACAACGGCAGCCGCCCUCGGCCGCGCCGCUCUUCAUGCUCGAUCUGUAUCGCGCGAUGGCAAGCCAGGACGACGACGACGGGGACGACGAGGGCAGCCCCUGGACGCCGAGCUGGGCGAGGAGUCCCCCGCGGAGUCGGGCCGCCGACGGCGCCGAUACCGUCAUGAGCUUCGUCAACCUGGUUGAACUAGAUUGGGACAUCUUCCACCAGAAGCCUUAUUGGAAGGAAUUCAGGUUCGACUUGACACAGAUCCCAACAGGGGAGUCUGUAACAGCAGCUGAAUUUCGAAUUUACAAAAUGCAAAGCUUCAGUUGGCAUGUCAACAAAACCCUUCAUGUCAGCAUAUAUGAGAUUGUCCAAGAACAUCCUAACAGGGACUCAGACCUGCUUCUCUUGGACCUCCAGAAUAUCCUAGCUGGGACAGAGGGCUGGCUGGUGUUCGACGUCGCAGCUGCAAGUAAUCACUGGUUGUUACACCGCAAAUACAACUUGGGCUUGAGGCUCUAUGUGGAGACAGAGGACGGACAGAGUGUUGAUCCUGGACUAGCUGGCCUCUUGGGUCGCCGCGGACCGCGCUCCAAGCAGCCCUUUGUGGUGACAUUUUUCCGGGCAAGCCAAAACCAAGUCAGAGUUCCGCGUGCAGCCAAGCACCUGAGGAAGAGGCAGCACAAGAAGAGCCACAGCUUCCCCCACUCAAACAGGCUCCCAGGAGCAUUUGAUGAUGUCCACAUUUCUGAAGGGCGGCAGGUGUGCAGAAGGCACGAGAUGUAUGUCGACUUUCAAGAGCUUAAAUGGAUGGACUGGGUGAUUGCUCCGCGGGGCUACUCCGCCUUUUACUGCGCAGGGGACUGCGCUUUCCCUUUGGACUCCUGCAUGAAUGCCACAAAUCAUGCCAUCCUUCAGUCCCUGGUUCACCUGAUGAAGCCUGAAACAGUCCCCAAGGCCUGCUGUGCACCCACCAAGCUCAGCGCCACCUCAGUCCUCUAUUAUGACAGCAACAACAACGUCAUCCUCAAGAAACACCGCAACAUGGUGGUCAAGACAUGUGGCUGCCACUAAUGCUGGGGUGGACAUUGGACUGCUGCUGCAUGCAGGAAAGAGGCAGGACGGAAGCCCUGGCAGUCGCGGGCCCCAAGCACCUGUUGGAGAGGAAGGGGACCAAAAUCUUGCCACUAUGCAGUAAGUGAAGGAGUCGGCUUUUCCCGCCUGACCUUGAGCUGACACAGACUCGGGCUGUUUGGCUGAAGGUCAGUUGGUUCACAUCCUCGACAAACUGAACAAUCCCCCACAGAGGAACCUUUGCCAAGCAAACUAAAACAUGAUCUGACUGCACGCAUAGGCCUGUUUUGUAUUCUGUGCCAAAACCCCGCCCAGUUCCUGCACUUUAAAUUAAAUUAAACUUAAAAAGCCACGGUAGAGAAGCAUGCAAAUCAGGAUGCCCUGUUUGUACACUUUAUUUUAUCCCUGACAUUUUCAGGGCUUUUGAAACAGAAGUCAGCCCGAAAUCUUGCAGAGAACAGCAUGUGCAAGCGUUGGUCAGCCCAGAGAGAGGAACACACCUGGGCAGUGUUGUCUUUGCCCUUUGGGGAUGCUGGAGCUUUUCACAAGUCCUGCACAUUAUCAGCUCUCUCUUGGGCUCUGCACAUGACAGCCACACUUUCUUUGAAACCCUGAGGGUCCCAAAUCUCAGGCUUCCAUGCAAACCAUGUCCACUUGAGAAGGACCAGAAGCAAGGAACAAUCCUGGCAAUUGGGGGGCUGACACCAUGUAGGGGAGACUGUGGCAUCCCAUCAAAACCCAGGGCCUCUGCUUCAGCAGACCUUUCCCCAUGUGACAUUAAGGAAGGUCUACAAGAGACCUUUUGGAAGGCUCUGUGGAGGAUGAGGUUUUCCUUAAUAUAGAACACCCUAACCCACCCUAUCCGGGGUCAAAGAAGUGUCCCUCUGGUGAAAUGAGCUAGAGAAUGUGGCUCUCCUCACCCACUUCCUCUUUGUGUAUAAUGUAGCCAAUGGGUUUCAAUCAUCUGGGGCAUUUCCAGAGAGCAGGCACCCCCCCCUGCAUUCACUUGACCCUGGAUUAACAGCCAAAAAGGGCUCUGGGCAUUUUUAGGUCUGCCAGUUUCCAUUCUUUGCUGGAGGUGCACCUUAAGCUAGAACCAGGUUGUAUAAUCAAUCUGGAAGGUGUUGGCCACAUGCAGAAGAAAGUUAUGUCCAGUGCCCUUUGGGGGCUUCAUCCAAGCAGAAGUGAGAGUUGCACCCCCUUCCCUGAAGUAGAGCAAAUAAUUAAGGGCACAGAGCAUAUGGAGCAGUUUCCUUGCCCCAGGCCUUCCUCUUUGCAGCAAGUCUUCCUUUAGAUUCAGCACCCAGCUUUCCCCGACUGCCUUGCUCAGCAUAUCUGCAGCAAGUAGGGUUGCUUGUUGCCUUCCUAAAGAGAACAAGGAACCAUUUUGCAACUUGCACAUAGCUUUGCUCAGAAUAAUUAUGCGCAUCUCUCAAGCGCCCCAAAGCACCCCCUUACUCACUACCCCCAAGCAGAGGCUCAUUCAGUGACUCCCACACCACAAUCUCUCUGUAGGCCAAGAAGAUUGUGCAGAAUCCUCAGUAUUUCCAGCUUGAUCUGUUGGGUAUCUCCUUUCAUACACCUGAAGAGCCAGUUCAUCUCCCCAGCAAUUAGAAGCACGGCAGCCCACACCCAUUCCUGUGGGUCUGUGGCCUCAGUUCACUCCCUUUGGCAUAGCCUGCUACAGCUCCAGUGACGCAUAAGAUGUUAAGUAGGGAGAGCCCAGCUGGAUUAGGCCAUAGGCCCAUUCAAGUGUAGUGUUCACUUCCCUGGAAUCUCACAGCCAUCACAGCAAAAGUCCAUGCCUGUCUGUUCCUGAAUCGGAUCCUCAGUGGUACAUUGCUGCUUCUAGACACAAGUUUCAUUUUUAGCCAUCAGUGAUGCACAAAUUCCAAGAUGAUAGGUCUUAAUCUUCUUUUUAAGCCACUUAUGGUAGAGACUGUAACAACAUCCUGUGGUAAUGAAUCCCAUAAUUAUACAUUGUGUGAAUAAAAAAAAAUCCUUUCCCUUGGUUGUUCAGAAGGUUUUACCAAUCAGAUUCUCUAGUGGAUAUA